CUGUUUAUUUCAUUUAAAUUAUUUACCUUGGCGAUUCAACAUUCCAAGCAUUCAUUUCGUAUCGCUGAAAGUUGCCAACCGUGCAAACGAAAUUUAAGUGUAAUGUCUGUUAUUUUGUGUUUAUUUUUCACGUGUAUGCAUUGUGUGAUUUGCAUUUGAAAAGAGACUGGAUUCAAUGGUUUUAGCAACAUGAAUCAAGAGAGAAUGUCUCAAAGAGGUUGGCAACCAGGUACUGAAGUUGUUGCCCGUUAUAGCUUCAAAGGUAGUUCUGACGAAGAUUUAGUUUUUCAGAAAGGAGAUAUAAUGACUAUAAUAACUCCAACUAAAGAUCCAAAUUGGUACAGAGCACGACAUGUGGACAACCGAGAAGGAUUAAUACCAGCCAAUUACAUUCAAAAGCGAUCAGAAGUUAAACUGAAUGCCAUGCCGUGGUUUCAUGGGAAAAUUACUCGAGAUGAAGCAGAAGCAUUAUUACAACCUAGAGAAGAUGGUCUGUUUUUAGUAAGGGAAAGUACUAAUUUCCCUGGUGACUACACAUUAUGUGUGUGUUUUAAGAACAAAGUUGAACAUUAUCGAGUCAUUUACAAAGAAAACAAACUAACCAUUGAUGAAGAAGAAUACUUUGAAAACUUAUCAAGAUUAGUUGAGCAUUAUCAAAAUGAUGCUGAUGGUCUUUGUACAAGAUUAAAGUUGUCUGUUCCAAAAAAAGGUGGUCCUGAAUUUUCAGUAGAUUCUCAGGAAUUUGAGAAAGCUGGCUGGACAAUAAAGUUAGAUGAUUUAAAACUUGGUGAAGUCCUUGGUAAAGGAGAAUUUGGAGAUGUUGUAUUGGGUUGUUUUCGAGGUCAAAAAGUUGCUGUCAAAGUUUUAAAAGAUAACAGCAAAGCUGCUCAAACAUUCUUGGCAGAAGCUUCUGUUAUGACUUCCCUAAGCCAUAGAAAUCUCGUACAGUUGCUUGGUGUAGUAUUUAAUUGGCCUUCAAUUUACAUUGUUACUGAGUACAUGUCAAAAGGUUCUUUGGUAGAUUAUUUACGUUCCAGAGGAAGACUUCAUGUGACAAAACAAGAUCAAAUACAUUUUGCCACAGAUACAUGUGCAGGUAUGGCAUAUCUGGAAUCACGACAAGUGGUUCAUAGGGAUUUGGCAGCUCGGAAUGUUUUAAUAUCAGAUGAAAAUGUUGCAAAGGUUUGUGAUUUUGGGUUAGCUAGAGAAAAAUCUUUUAACCUUGAAGGUGGAAAAUUUCCGAUAAAAUGGACUGCCCCAGAAGCUUUACGACAUAGUAAAUUUUCAAAUAAAUCUGAUAUGUGGAGCUUUGGAAUUUUGCUGUGGGAAAUAUAUUCUUUUGGUCGUGUGCCUUAUCCAAGAAUACCAUUGGCAGAUGUUGUAAAGCAUGUGGAGAAAGGCUACAGGAUGGAAGCUCCAGAAGGUUGUCCUACAGAAAUAUAUGAUAUCAUGAAACAAGCUUGGGACUUAGAACCCGAAAACCGACCCACUUUCUCUGAAGUUUUAAAAAGACUGGAAGAGCUCAGAGCUAUCACUGACUGAAGGCAUAUAUAUAUGUAAAUAAAGUUGUAAUGUCCUACCUGGCUAUGCUCAUGUGAAGAUUAUGCAGAAAGUAACUUGGAAUGUAGUUUUGCAGUGCCUUCUAGUGUUGGUGAAGCAUGUUUACUUGUGCAAAGAAUGCAUUUUUAUGUUGACCAAUUCUCCCUACGAAACAGUGCUUCCAUACUGCAAGUGGAAAUACAGCAUUUGUGGAAACAACUGUAAUAGAUAUGAAGCCUCUUGUCACUCAUGCUUCAUUGUGUACAUUUUUAAAUGAAAAUAUAGUAUAUUUAACUUAUGAAAUAUGUCCUAUUUCAUCACUUCUGUAAAUUUGUGUCAUCAUACUCUACCGAGCCAUAUCAUAUUUGGCCAGAAUAUUUUUCAUAUUGUUUUUAUUAUAGAAUUUGAUAUGCACGCUCUGUGUUUUAUACAACUUGUUAUAAUGAAGUUGAUUAAAAAAUUUUAGAACAUUCGGUGAAUCUUAAAUUGUUACGUAGUUUAACAUUAUUAAAAAAAUUGCUUUAACUUUUCAUUUCAGUAAUGCAAAAUAUUUUAUUUUUUAUGGAAAAUUUUUCAUUUGUAACAGAUUUUUAAGGCAAAUGUUCUUAAUUUUUUUCCUUCACUUAUAAUUAUUUAUUCAGUGUUGAAUUAUAGUGAAGUUAUUUGCUUUUAGUUGUUUAUAGUUAGUCACUGGAACUGCAGAUUAAUUCUAUGAAUUUAUAAUUUGUUAGGUGGAUGCACUUUAUUUCAUUGCACUUAGUCUGGGUUUGUUUAUUUGUGUUACUGGUAAGCCAAUUUACUGGCUUAUUACAAAGAACAUGAUUUUCUGUCUGUACUUAAGUAUAGAAGUAAAAAAUAAUUUAAUCUGCUCUUUUUUAAGUGUUGUGCCUUACUUACUGCUUUUUAUAUGCAAUAAAUAUUCAUUUUUAUUCUCAAUAUUAUUUUUUUAAAACUUUGAUCUAAAGUCUGAUGUGCAAUUUGUUUACUCAUAUUUUUAAGGCAGUUUAGAAGUUAAUGUACAAAGUAAGUUAUUAUGCUUUACUGAAGGUAUAAAAGGCCUUUUUAACAGAAAGUUUUCACUUGGCUUCGUAUCUUUUAGCAUCUGCUGGUAUUUUAUUUAGAACAGAAGUGUUAUACUGUAUAUAAGCCAAAAAUAAAUAAAUAAAUAAACAUUGCUCAAAUAAAUGUUGCAUGGAAAAGAGAUUUAGCAAUUAGUUGAUUAAUGCCAAAAUUUUGAAUAUUUUCUAUUGAGCAUACAUUAACUGAAUAAUUGAUUUUAUAUAUUAUUAACAUUUUGAGGACUUUGGAAUUACUUUAUUUUAAACCAAUAUAAUGAAUUUUUUUAUGUUCCAUGAUGUUUGAAAUGUUUUCAAUUGUUAAGUUCUUAUGUUCAUGUAUUUCAAAUCUUUCACUGUUAAAUGUUGUACAAUAUAUUUUAAGUUAUGUGAAAUUUCCGUACAGAAAUUAUUUCAUGUCAUUGCUUUGACAAAAUGUGUUAGAACGGCAUUUCCAAAUUAAGUUUACUCAUGGAACUCUUUCAUAUUUUGUGCAAUUGAUCCCAUUAAUGAAAACAAACAAACAAAAAACAACAAAAAAAAAACUGAAUAUGCCAUCAACAAAGUAUUUUCUUGUUUGUUCAUCAAAUAUCUUUUACAUUUUUUAUCCUUUUUAAGUACAGUAAAUAAAUAUAACAGCCAGCCAGGAGCAAAAGGAUAAGGUUUUAUUCUUAAACAAAUCAUAGUUAUUGUAUCCAAUCCUUUGUUUAUAAAAAUUAGUGUUAAAAAUAUAAAAAUCAUUAACAUGCAUGUUAAUGAACAUAGAUUUUUGACAUAUUUUGUGAGUUAGGUAAGGUCCCAGUUGAUCCCUUUUUGCAUCAUUUAUUGAUAUUUUGGAUAGGUGCUGUUGUAUUAUAGCCAUAAAUAUUAUAUGCAGAUUGCACAUUGCAUUUAAAAAGACAUUUUAGUAAAUUAGCUUUACAAUAAGACCCACUGUUGUAACUUUGUAAAAUUUACUACCACUGUAACAUUUAAUUUGUAAUCCCAUCCCUAAAAUUCUUAAUUUUAUAUCAGAGUUCCAAAGAACAUAAUUUGAGAAAUUCUGUGUUAGAGUAAUCAUUUCAAGUUUAAAGUUAUAUGUCAACAUGUGUCCAGUGAUGUCUGUGAAAUGAAAAAAAAAGAAAUUAUGUUCUGUAUUUUUUGUUAUUUAAAGCCUAUGUAUCGGUAUCGUGUAGAAAUUUAUUUCACUUUAGUAAUUUUUAAAUUUCAUAUUUAUAUUUUGAAUAUCAUUAAUUUCAUGUAAAUUCAUGAACAUUUUAUAAUGGAUAUUAAAUACAGUUUAAUUUUCACAAUGAUUUUGUCUUAUGCAAGAAUUUUCUUUUCAAAAAUUGUUGUGUGUAUGUGUGUGCGUUGCCUGUAUUUCUAAAUAAUUUUUAAUUACCUUAUCAAAUUAAGUGUUCAUAUAAUGUUUACAACAAUUAUUCUGUUAUACCUCUAUAGUAAAAUUAUUUUAUUAAAUUCCCUAAUUUGUUAUUUUAUAGCUGAUUUUAGUGAAACUCAUUUAUUAUAAACACAUUUUCUUAAUUUUACAAACUUCAUGUUUUGUAAACAGAAAAAUACUUUGCAAAUGUAACAAUUAGCAGAAAAACCUAUUAUUAUUAGUUUCACAGCCUUACUAGGAGAACAUGUUUUACUAUUUAUUAAAACCACAAUUAUAUAUAACAAAACACUUUCAAAUUAAAAGGGGGAAAGUGUACAAGUAUAUAGUUUUUAAAAGAAUGGGAGAGAAGAAGUUACACUUGUCUUCAGUACUUUGUAUUGUUCUGUGUGCUAUGUUUUUAUAUAAAUUAGCACUUUACAAACCUUGAGGAACUUUUUCUAUUUCUUUGGUCAAUCGCCUUUUCCUUUUUGCUAUGUUGUUAUAAAAUGAAGCAAAGUAACUCCAAGCAUUGUGAAAACAUGGAACAUUCCACAGUAACAUUAAGCUUUAUGUUGCUGUGGCACGAACAUGUUCAUGGAAAAUUCUGAAGCAAAGCAAUGGAAAGGGAAAACUAGUGAAAAUUAGAUCAUUAAUACCUGUAAAAAAGAUAAGUGGUUAAAUUUCCUAGGACAUCACAUUUGACAUUUCACCCUACCCUAGCUUAGAAUGAAAAGGGAGAAAAAAACAUGACCAGUAAAAUGGACAUCCAUGUUCUUUCAAACAGGAUAUGGCUAUUAUAAUAGUCUUCCUUGUCACAAAGAGCUAAAUUUUGCUGAGAGUCUGACAUAUUUCUUGAUAUGUCAUUUUUAUGAAAGAAGUAAGAAUCCUUAAGUUUUGAUAUAUAUAAAAGUUUUAUUUUUUUAGGAUGUUAGAAAUAGUUUGUAACCUUCUUGUGCUUAGAAAAUUUCAAAAUACUUCUGUAUGAAAUGAAUAAUACAUUAAUUAAAUAUUAAAGAAUCAAUUUUCUUUUUUAAAACCUAAAUUGAGUAUUAGAACUUAUUUAUAGUUCUAGUUUGUCAUGUGCCUUUAAUUGGUAACUUGUAAUAUUUUGAUGUGAUUUACCCCCAUCACCUUAUGUGGUGGCACCUUAAAAUAGGGGUCUCAAGCCUUUCAGGCCUGAGGGCCAUAUCAAUAAAUUUAUACAGAUUUGUGGGCCAUACAUCUUUAUAAAUUUCCUGUCAGUGCUACUUAUCUGGCAGAUAAGUAGCACUGACAGGAAAUUUAUAAAAGAGAGGGAGAUUUACAGGACUACAAAUAAUUAAGACAUAGUCCAAUAUUUUGUGUUUUUUGUUUAAAAAAAUGAAGGUCAAUGGAAGUCAAAUUUAUAUGCUUUGUACUUUAAUUAUGAAAGUGACAUGAUAAAUAGUACAUAAUGUUGUUAUAAAACCCAUUGACAAUAAAAAAAAAAAAAAAAAAAAAAAAAAAAA